GCAGGAAACAUGGCGUCCCAGUGCAGCCUCUCUACGCUAUUUCCCAUCCAAAGUCAGCUGGAUUACGCCCUAGAUGACGCUACCACACAAGAAGAAAAAGAGCAACUCGUCUACCAAUAUUUGAAAAAGUUAGACGAGGCAGAGGACCUGAAGAUACCCGAUUUCCAGACAGGCUUGGAAUGGCUGAACACGGAGGGGCCUCUGUCUUUGAACAAGGAGCUGGCUGGUAAAGUGGUCCUGCUGGACUUCUUCACUUACUGCUGCAUCAACUGCAUGCACAUCCUGCCGGACCUGCACCAGCUGGAGAAGAGACACUCUGUUGAAGAUGGGUUGGUAAUUGUUGGUGUGCACUCUGCCAAAUUUCCCAAUGAAAAGGUCCUGGACAACAUUCGCAGUGCCGUUCUCCGCUACGACAUCGUCCACCCCGUGGUCAACGACAGCGAGGCGCGUCUUUGGCACGAGCUGGAGGUGUCCUGCUGGCCGACGCUGGUUUUGCUGGGACCACGUGGCAACUUGCUCUUCUCCCUGGUGGGCGAAGGCCACCGCGACAGGCUGACGCUGUUCACCGACAGCGCCCUCCGUUAUUACGGGGAGCAGGGUUUGCUGAAGGGCCACGCGGUCGGGAUCAAGCUGUACAGAGACUCCUUGCCUCCCAGCAUCCUCUCCUUCCCUGGGAAGGUGGCAGUAGACGACAACGGUAAAAGACUGGUCAUAGCAGACACCGGACAUCACAGAGUCCUGGUGGUGUCUUCCACUGGACUCCUGCUCCAUGUCAUAGGAGGGCCUAAAAGUGGGCGACAGGAUGGUGACUUGUCCGAAGCGUCCUUCAACUCCCCUCAGGGUGUCGCCAUUAAAGGAGACACCGUAUAUGUCGCCGACACCGAAAACCACCUGAUUCGAAAGAUUGACCUGCUUGAGGGAAAAGUCAGCACUCUAGCCGGAGUAGGUGUUCAGGGCACAGACAAAGAGGGCGGAGCCAUGGGACCUCAGCAGCCAAUCAGCUCUCCUUGGGAUGUGACGCUCGGAAGUGCAGGCGGUGCUGAAGACAACGUGCUGUGGAUAGCCAUGGCAGGGACACACCAGAUCUGGGCUUUGUUCCUAGCAGAUGGAAAACUGCCCAAAGGAAGUGAGUCCAAGGCGGGCGUGUGCGUGCGAUGGGCGGGCAGCGGCAACGAAGAGAACCGAAAUAACGCCUACCCUCACAAGGCAGGCUUUGCCCAGCCUUCGGGCCUGGCUGCAGCCCCAGAGGAGCCCUGGAGCUGCCUGUACGUGGCAGAUAGCGAGAGCAGCACCAUCCGCACGCUGACGCUGAAGGAUGGAGCCGUCAAGUUGCUGGUCGGGGGAGAGAGGGACCCACUGAACCUCUUCGCUUUUGGGGAUGCAGACGGGAAAGGUGUGGAUGCCAAACUGCAGCAUCCUCUGGGUGUUGCCUGGGCUCCUGAACAAAGCCUGCUCUAUGUGGCCGACUCCUACAACCACAAGAUCAAGGUGGUGGAUCCAAAGACGAAGCAGUGUAGCACAUUAGCAGGAACCGGAGAGGCUGGAGACACUCUGGGUCCUGAAUUUAAUAAAUCCUGCUUCAGUGAACCCGGCGGAAUCUGCGUCGGCGACGGCGGGAAGCUUCUGUACGUGGCCGACACCAACAACCACCGAGUCAAAGUGCUGGACUUGGCAUCCAAGACCGUCUCACUGUUCCCCAUCUCCACUGAGUGCACCGACUCGGGAGCCACUAAGCCUUCGGGUCCGACCAAAGCCCCCACGCUGCCCAAAUCAGCUGCCAGGAAAGAAAUGCCGCCAGUAGCAGUGUCUGCAGGCCAGACUGUCGUCCUGUCCGUCACAGUAUCACUUCCAGAAGGAACCACGCUCACCGAAGAGGCACCCAGCUGUUGGGCUCUCACAGCUGAGGGUAACGAGUGGCUGCUGGACAGUCGGGUGAUCACUGGUGACAUUGUGGAUCUGUCGCAACCCCUCAGCAUCUCAGCCAAACUUCCAGCUGUUAUGAAGGAGUCUAACAGCAAUCCAUGCCUCACAUUAGGUAUAUGGGUGUACUACUGUUUGGAAGCAGGUAAAGCCUGUAUGAUGAAAGCAGCCUCCAUUUCCCAGCCUCUUCAAAUAAGCACAGGUCCCGGAGGGGGCGAGAUCACUGUGGCGUUGUCUCAUGCCUUCUAAAAAUCACCUAUUUGUCUUAGUUAAAAGAAGAAAAAAAAAGCCUCAAAAUCCACACUUUCUAUUGUGUUGAGAUGUCAGUUUAACUUCCACUCUCGGAUAAAUCCAGCACUUGUUUUGCUCUGACAGAAGGAGGCAGAUUGUUUCUGACAGAGCUGUCACUUCUGACAAAAAAAUGCAAUUCGAGUAAACCAGAUUUUCAGCAGAAUUUCAUUUCAAACUCCUAAGAUGCCCCUUCCAUAAGAACAAAACGCAUCAGCACUGUAAUGUUCUCGACUGCGUGGGACAUUUAUUGAUGGGAAUGCAAAUAGCGGCGUCCCUAAGCAUCUUGUAAAGGCUGCGCAGCGGCGGCCUAAUAACCCGUGUCUAUGUCACAGUUUAUUUAUGUAACAGUAAGAAAAUGUCCUCAUUAGUAACGGAGCAGUGUUGUAUAGAUGAAAAAGUUGCACUCUUACUUUAAAAACACUGCCACGAGUCUAAAUGAAUGCGGAGGAUAAAAGGAGAUUCUUUGGUUUUAAUGAGAAACCGAAGAAAUUACCAUUAUUUAAUUGACUGAUGGGGCGAUCGUGUGAAUGAUGGACGGAAAUAAACAGAUUUUCUGUCAUUUAAUCAUGUUUUGGGGAAACUUACUUUGAAAGACUGAAAAAAGCCAAAAACCUCUGAUCAACUUUGUAUUUUCACCUCAGCGGCCAGAUGGCGAUUUACAUUCGAAUAGUACAACCACAACUGAAGUGAUAAUUUAAAGUUUCUGCUUUUGAAUAGAAAGACUUUCUGCAUUUGAAACCAAAUCUCAUUAAAAUACUAGAAUGAGUAACAAUAGUAGGAGUUAAAAAAAGGGGACGUUUAAUGGCACUGAUGUAUAAUUCAGGGGUUUUUUUUUUCUGAUGAUAAUCGUGUCUUAAGUUUUUCAAAAGAAAUCACAAGAGGCUUUCAUGCGGAUUAUCGAGAUAGGAAACAACAAUCUCUCAUUUCAUCCAUUGAAAGAGGUGGGAAAGGAAAGCGUUGAAGCUCAUGACUUUAUGCCAAAAUGGGUUUAUAGGAACUUAUCUAUGCAUUAAUUCACUUUGCUCUGUGUCUCUCUGUGUAUGUGUAUGAUGCACAGUAACUUAACUACUCGUCCACAUGUGCUACCACGGACUUCGGUUACACUCGUAGCCCAAAGCUUCGCUCCAUCUCUGUAUGACUGAUUAUACUUCUGAUUAUAAUUAUUCGUGACACAAGGAGCCCUUCUGAUUUCGCCCCCUAAAACACAGCCGUUAUCUAAGUAAUGAAUAAAGUGCCUGUUUUGAUAAGGAGCAGCAGCCUCUCGCCAACCGAUGACGCCGCCGCCGCCGCUUUGCUGCGAACACUGUGGGAUAUUGUAUUAAGAAAACAAAGUCUCAUUAAAAAUCUCUCUAUCGCGCAUUUAUACACUUCAUCUCUACUCCGCUAAGGGAGCAUAAUAUGAAAGAGAUGCUCUAAUAAGCAUCUAACGCGCGGGGGUUUUGUUGUGUAAUGCGAUAUGAUAAUGUAGAAGCUGUUAUUGUCGUUUUCCCCUUAUUGGUUUUCGAAGUUAUGAGCCGUUGUCAGAAACGGGGCCGGCGAGCGUUUUGAUUAUCGCCGCUGUCAUCAUGUCUCAUAACGUAAUUGCGGCCGUCAGAUUGUUUUAUUUGGUUUUCGAUCUCUCGGCCCAAGUGCCUUGGAAAAAAAAAACAGGGGUGGGGGGCCUGUGUUUGUACUGUAUGGACGGUGUAAAGUGAUGAUAACUGUAUCAGAAGCAAUAACGAUUCUGUAACGGGAGGAUUUGUCUUUUAUUCCCACGAGUUAUUUAUUUGAAAUGAACUGCAGAGGUAAUGCCUGUGUGUGUUUUCUCAGCUCUGUUAUCCCUCCAGGGUUUCUUAAUGAGCAGUAAUAGGCUUGAGUGGCUGCCGGUGGGCAUUAUGUUCCCCGUAUUGUUUUCCCACUCUCACUUGUCGGAGCCCUUUCAGCCUCUUCCCUGCAACGGCACAUUCUCUAAUGCUGCACUUUAAGAUGCAACAGAGCAAAGAAAAACUAAUAAAGCAUUUUUUUUAAUCUA